GGCACACCAUCUCGGCCCAGUUGCCUGUACAUAUGGGUGCCACCACCCGCUGCCAUCCACAUGGUGCUCGUUUUCCGGAAGUUCUUUUUUUGGUCCCUUUCUCCCCGUUCCCUCUUUGGCACAUCAUGAGUGCUUGAUCGCUCAUGCUGAUACACUCCCUAUCUUGCAGUCGAGUGAUAUCAUCCUCUUUUCAGUGUAUUGUAUUUCCUUCUAUACCCACCAUACCCUGUGUCAAGUAUUCGAUUUAGCUUUGCGGGUAGACCACGUCCCCGAACACUCCUUUCUAUCAACCUAUCAUUUGCCAUUGUCUCCACCCUAUUCCAUCUGGGCCUAGGGUCUUGAUUUGACGACUAAUACUUCUUUCCUACGCCACGACGACGACGACGACUUUAACUUCGUGCGCCUUUUGUUAGCGAUUGUCUGGGUCACGCGUCGACUAUUGAGACCUCAAAGCCGACGCAUCUGGUCAGUACCAGAGCGCGGCCUUUUCUUGGAGGGAGCUGAAGCACAUCAGCGGGUAGCGGCCGAUCCCCAGAGCCAGGAGGGUUCACAAGUCGUUCUACAGUAAAGUUCAAAGACGCAGCUUCGAAAGACUACACGAUGGCCAACGCGACGAACCCUUGUCCUGCGCCCUUUCUGAGCGAGGCGCUUUUUAACGAUGGGGGGUUUGUGGAUGGAAGGCUAUGUCAGGAGGUAGGCCAAGGGCUUAGGUGCUGCCUGCCUUGCCCCAUGACCGAUUGGGCCUAUCCCGACGAAUUCAAUACCCUGGGAGAGGUGGCACAAUGGGUUGCAGUUGCUGGCACCGCCUGUUGUGUCUUUCUUCUACUGUCCUGGAUCAUUCUACCCGUCGAAAAGACUCACAGACAUUAUCUUAGUCUGUGCUUGACCACGGCAGUUUUGUUUAUGAAUCUCGGUUUCGUGAUACCUCUUGCCGCUCAGCCAGAUGAAUGCUACGAUGCGAUCACGCCCAAUUCGAUGCAAACCAACUCACCUUGCGCAGUAUCUGGCGCAUUCUUGAUCUUUGGAGGUUGGGGAGGAGUGAUGUGGGUGUUUUUGCGCUCCCUAUCAUUGCAUCUGCAAAUCUGUUGGCAGGUUGUUGUCGGACGCAACUUUAUGUGGUUCUCCCAAGCUACCGGCUGGGGAAUCCCCAUUAUCGGCAUCAUCAUGGCCCUUGUUUUCAGUGGCGUUUCUUUCCGCUUUGGGUCGACGUGUCAUAUCAACCACGAGAAUAGCUUGGCUGACCUUUGGGUCCCCUUGCUGAUCUUUGCCGGACUCACCAUCUUCAUUCAGUUUGCGACGUUUGGUUAUUGCAUCAAGGUCUACCUUGCAUCGCUUGCCGACAACAGCGCCUCCACUGAAAACUCGAACUUGCCUUCCUACACCAACAGCAUCCGAACCAUGACGCCCAAACAGGCAUACAGACGUGUACGCCGAGUCAUCCAGCUUCAAUGGAGGGGGAUUGCGAUUGUUCUGAUUAUCGUUACCGACGUCGUCCUUUUCUCAGUCGUCUUUGUUUUCCAGGACAACACGGUGGAGGCCGUUAGGAGAGACCCGAGCACUGCCCUGGAAUGGGUUGCCUGCCUUGCGAUGAUGGCUGGUGACAAGCACAAGUGCUUGGACAAGGCCGGUCCAUUGGUGGUCGACAUGCCCACUGUUGGCGCAGUUCUACUGCUUCUCUCGAUAAACGGCUUGUGGCUUUUGCUCCUCCUCGGCCGAUGGUCGAUGGUGACGGGAUGGCGCGACCUCCUAAUGACGGUUCCUCAGCGGAACAAGCGAGAAUUUGUCUCCGUCGACGCACGGAUGGACGAUCUCAAGAAAGACACACGUUCGUACGAGAUGCUGUCCCGGGAAAACUCCGGGAAAAAAAUGGACGACUCAGUAACACCCUCCGUAGUGACUCCGAUUUCGCCCACGUACAGCGCGUACAACACGUACAGCAUGAGGUCGCCCAUCAAUGGCAGCGGCGGCGACGGCGGCUACCGAAGCCCUUCGCUGUCCAGGAAUAAUGCUCCUGGUGAGGGCACAACUUCGCCGGGACCUCGCAACUACCACGACACCGCCAACCGCUCAGGUCGCCGAACCCCCGAUUACUUCGGCAGCACAGCACGCUACCACGUGCCAACAAGGUCUUUUUCGAGCCCUCGCCCACCACGGUCACCGCCACCAACGGUAACAUGGGACGCAAGAGAUACAUACGCUAGAGCUUCUCCGCUGCCGGAUGAAAGCCCGUAUGGGCAGGUACAAGGAGCGUAUGGUCAACAACCUAUGGGAAUGAACAGGAUAUGAGAUGAAUGAUGACAGGUGUAUAAUACGCAAAGUUGAGGGGAGGAAAAAAAUUAAUAUUUCCAUGAAAUGAAUUUUGACAACAGUAAAAUAACUCCACCAAUCCAUACCCACACGCAUGUUUACGUACCUUCUAUCCCCAACCACGUGAGCCUUUCAUCUCAUCCCUAUGGACAUGCAAAAUACAUUGGUCCUCAUAUCAGCUCUCGAUGGCCCACGAACCCUCGGAUUUUGCCACGACGCCAAGGUCGUGCAAAGACGGCGAGGUAAUCUUUCAGAGCUUACGUCCUGCAUGCUUGCAUGCAACAAAGUCCGGUAAUGGACCAAUGGCAAGCUCAGCUGUGUGGAUGGAACUCCCGGUACGGGUGAUAUAACUUCGUCACCGUCUUGAUGACAGCAGACGCAGCGCAUUGAUCUAGUUCGAGCUUUUUUCUCCUGUCGUACCAACGUCCUGUAUUCCGAAGCUUACCAAAUGCUGGUUGAGAAGCCAAGCGUGAAUGUGACGAUAUAUCGAUGAAAGCAUUGAAAGCUGGUCCCGGUAGUCAAUGCUCACAUUGAAACUCUCCAUGGGCCAAGAUAGAUUUUCCCGGUAGAGCAAAAUAAACUUCGGCGGAAGAUGGGGAAGAACGAAGACGGAACGGGACGUGCGGAGUCCCCGGAAGU